UGGACCAUGGAGCCCACUAGGCCUCUGGCGCUGGAGUUGCGUGCCCAGUCUCUCCCUCUGGCGCUAGGGGGCGUUUUGCAGCUGUGGCUCUGUGAGCUGUGGCUACUGCUGCUGGGUAGGGGCUUGGGCGCGAACUUUUUGCCACACGAAGAGGACGUGGACUUUAUCAAUGAGUAUGUGGACCUCCACAAUGACCUCCGGGGCAACGUCAUUCCCCGAGGGGCCAACCUGCGCUUCAUGACUUGGGACGUAGCUUUAUCACGGACAGCUAGAGCAUGGGGGAAAAAGUGUGUGCGUGAGCAUAACACUCAUUUAGAAGACCUACAAAUGGCCCAUCCUCGAUUUAAUGGUAUCGGUGAAAAUAUAUGGAUUGGCCCAGAAAAUGAAUUUACAGCUAGUAUUGCUAUCAGAAGUUGGUAUGACGAGAGAAAAAAGUAUAAUUUUGAAAAAGGCAAUUGUACUGAAGACUGUUCUAAUUAUAUCCAGCUUGUUUGGGACAACUCUUACAAAAUUGGUUGUGCUGUUACUCCAUGUUCAAGAAUUGGACAUAUUAUACAUGCAGCAAUUUUCAUAUGCAACUACGCACCAGGAGGAACUAUGAUGAGAAGGCCUUAUGAACCAGGAAUAUUUUGUACUAAAUGUGGCAAACGUGACAGAUGCACAGAUUUUCUAUGCAGUAAUGCAGAUCGUGACCAAGCCAUAUGUAUGUAUUGUCUUUCUUAGUUCUUGAACAAUUUAACUACUUUAUGUGAAAUCUAGCUUUCAAUUGCUUCUUUAUUUACAGAUUACCGAUUUUGGUAUCCAAGGUGGGAAGUGCCCCGGCCAAUUGUAUGUGAUCCACUGUGCAUGUUUAUUUUAUCCCUGAGAACACUAUGUUUCAUAGUAUGCGUCAUCAUUG